UUAUUUUUUAUUCUUUAAUACGAUGCCAUACUGGAAAUUAUGAGAUAAAUAAAGUUAUACAAGACACUAGGUUUACAAAAUGUCGUCUCAGUCUAACGAAGGAGCGAAGAAAUCAAGCGAAACAGAUGUAUCCUCCAACAAUGGACAUAGCUCCCAGUCUGAAUCCCAAAAGCCGGGUGAUUACGCAGAGAAGAAAUCAAAUAAAACCUCUGGAGAAUCUCAAGUAACAUGUUACUGCGGGAAAGACAGAAACCUGAACAUUGUGGAGCUACUAUGUGCCUCAUGCAAUCGGUGGUUCCAUGAGUCAUGUAUUGGGUACCAGUUGGGGAAAUUGGUCCCAUUCAUGACUAAUUAUUUGUUUAUUUGCAAAAACUGUUCACCAACUGGUUUGGAAACUUUUAAGAAAAAUCAAGCUCCUUUCCCACAGAUGUGCUUAACAGGAAUUGCAAAUCUGCGGCAAGAGAGUAUCAAAGAUGGGAGUAACAAACUCCUUUUCAGCAAAGACAGGGAGAUCAUACCUUACAUUGAUCAGUACUGGGAAGCUAUGACAACCAUGCCGCGGAGAGUAACACAAUCGUGGUACGCGACAGUGCAACGGGCACUGAUAAAAGACAUCCAAGUCCUUUUCACGUACGAGGAAGACGCAAGUCAAGGCCCCAUGUUUGGAUUGUACAAUUUGGAGCUAACGGCCAUUAAACCCAAUUAUGAAGCUAUGAUCAAACAGGGACAGCUCAAGGUCACCGAUAUGGGGAUUGCUACAAUACCAUUAGCAGGCAAUGUUAAGGGGCGGCAAGGCAAGAGGCGGCCGGCGGUAGGCGCGACCGAAACAGGUGCGCCGGCCGGCAAGAAAGGCCGUACAGCCGAAAUUGGCACCCUGAAAUUGCCUUCACAUGGAUAUCCGACCGAACACCCUUUCAAUAAAGACGGGUAUCGAUAUAUACUGGCCGAGCCUGAUCCUCAUGCGCCUUUUAGACAGGAAUUCGAUGAAAGCAACGAAUGGAGCGGCAAGCCGAUUCCGGGGUGGCUGUACCGAGCUCUAUGCCCCGGCGUUGUUCUUCUGGCAUUGCAUGAUCGCGCACCGCAGCUGAAGAUUGCUGAAGACCGAUUAGCUGUCACCGGAGAUAGAGGCUAUUGCAUGGUUCGGGCUACACAUGGCGUAUCUCGCGGCGCGUGGUAUUGGGAGGCGGUGGUGGAGGAGAUGCCAGAAGGUGCAGCAGCGCGUCUGGGAUGGGGACGUCGAUAUGCCAACUUGCAAGCGCCGCUCGGUUACGACAAGUUCGGAUACUCCUGGCGUAGCCGGAAGGGCACCAGAUUCCACGAGUCUCGCGGCAAACACUACAGCUCUGGGUACGGUGAGGGCGACACCCUAGGCUUCCUCAUAGUGAUGCCUGACUCAACUAAUACCAAGUAUACUCCCAGUACUUACAAGGAUAGGCCCUUGGUAAAAUUCAAAAGCCACCUCUACUAUGAAGACAAGGAUAAUAUUCAAGAAUCUCUCAACAAUCUCAAACCCCUCCCUGGCAGCAAGAUAUACUUCUUCAAGAAUGGAGAGUGCCAAGGAGUCGCCUUUGAAGAUAUUUACCAAGGCUCCUACUAUCCUUCAGUAUCGCUGCAUAAGAAUGUGACUGUCAGUGUUAAUUUUGGACCCAAUUUCAAAUUUCCGCCGUCUAAUAAAUAUUCAUAUAGAUCGAUGUCCGAAAAAGCUGAAGAAGCAAUUGGCGAACAAACUAUGGCUGAUCUUCUCUAUCUGACUGAGAACGAAGGUAAACUACGUCUGGACAACUUCAACCUCUGAUAUUAAACACACCGUUAUUGUAACGGUGUGUGAAUGAGUGAAUUGUGAGUGCUUGUGGAGUAUGGACACAAAUACCGUUUAAGCACAUAAACUUACAUAGCAUCCUAUAAAUGUACAGAUUUAUUUGCCUUUAAUAUAAUUAUGGUAUUUGUCAAGUAUCAAAAAGAAACAAUCAUUAAAAAUACUUAAAAUUGUGAAUGGUUAUAUAUGAAAAUAGAAGUGAAAUUCGAAAAGUGAGUAGUCACAGGUCCGAUUCAGAAAUCAAAAGUUACAAAGACACUGGAAUCUUUUGUGACAAAAUACAAGCAACAUCCUAAACACAGUUUUGCAAAAAAGACUAACCUGUCUCUCUACCACGACUUUGCUGUGGUGACAAAUUGUCGCUGGCGACCGCAUAAAUUACUUCAAUUUUGUGUGGUAAAUUCACAGCGCCUCUAGCGGCCACAAGAAGAAAUCACAUUUUGUAUACAAACAUUUUACGCGGUCGCUAGCGAUGAUUGUCACUGUAAUCUCAUGGUAGAGACACUGAUGUGGGUUCAGCGCGAUAUCGAAAACUGAAUAUAAGAUUCGUAUCCUCAAGUUGAUUGAUGUAUUAAAAAUAUGAGUCAGAUACCCUAAUUAUUAUGACCACAUACUAUGUAGGCGAGUAUAAAUUUAUUGAAAUCUUAAUAUUAAGUUUUUCUUAACGUAAAUCAGCUUACAACCACUUGGGAUAUUAAACAAAUAUACCCCAAAUUGCUGCAAGUUGUACAAUAGUUUAAAAAAAUGUAAUGAUUGUAUUGAAUGUACUUAUAUAUCUAUAUAUCACCUUUACAUGAAAAUGAAAUGGCGUGCGCGCAAUUUCCACUAUCUAGGCUUUUGGCCAACAUAAUGUUACUUUUUUUUACUAAGAACAAUAAAUAUUGGAUAUUCACAUUAAUACGGCGAAACGUCGAGGGUCGGGUGUGAAUGCGCACAUUAACAUUUUCUGUGCGCUCUAUAUUGGGUUCAUGCCAUGCAUAUUUUCGUGGGCGCAUUCCGCUAGUUUGGUCACUAAACCAUUACGAGCAGUGAGCAUAUAAUAAUACUACGAGACU